GACCCCUCUACUGCAGUCUACUUCUAGGCCAUUCAAAAACUCAAGUUCUCUCUCUUUAAAAAAAACUCUUAGUUUCUCUCUCUAAAAUCUUCAAUUUAGGGGUAAAAAAAAAGGAAAAAAUGGGUUUAUCAAAUUUCCCAAGUCCAUCAGAAGGUGUAUUACCAGUGUUAGUGAUGAACACAGUAAUAUCAGUUGCAAUUUUGAAGAAUUUAUUGAGGUCAAUUCUUCAAUUAAUGGGAGUAAUGAAUUGGGUAUCUAACAAUUUAGAGGAAAAUUCACCACAAAAUGAAUUAUGCCCACCAAACAAUCCCUAUAAAGUAAGGAGAAUAAAGGGUAUUUCAAUUACCCAAUUCAAGGAUUUGUGUGAUAGCAGCAGUAACAGUAAGAACAAAGGUUGCAAAUUUGUUCUUGGAAGAAGGAUAACAAUUGAGUGCUGUGUUUGUUUGUGUAAAUUUAAAGAUGAAGAAGAGGUUAGUGAAUUGUCUUGUAAGCAUUUCUUUCAUAAGAAUUGCUUAGACAAAUGGUUUAAUCAGCAUAGUACUUGCCCUCUUUGCAGAUCCAUCCACUGAAAAAGAUCAAAUCUUUUGUUCUUUUUUUUGGUUGGGAAACUUUUUUUGAGGGGCCUUUCUUUUUGUUUCCUUUUUUUGUUUUUGAAAGAGGGUUCCUUUGGUUUUUGGAACCCUUCAUUUUUUUUCACUGUUUUCCAGCAAAGUGCAGCCCAGAAAAUUAAAAAAAAAAAAAAAAACUUUGCUCCUGUAGUUUGUAGACUGUAGACAGUACUAUUGUGUGUUUGUCUAGAACACCAAUAACAUAAUCAAAAAAAAAGAAUGAAGGGUUCAAGAAAUUUUGUUGUACAUAUUGUUGUAAUAUUAUAUCCUUCAAAAUAUAUGCAAUAUAAUACUUAUUUUGAUACAAA